UCCCAACAACUUCUGACCAAUUAUUCAUCACUUUUCAAUUUCCAGGCGACAUACAUACAUCCCUUGCUCCGAUAAUCUGUGCCGGAACUAGGGUUCCGCCGGCCGGAGAAUUCUCCAGCCUCCGGAUCUGUCUAAUUGAAGUUGUAGAUCGCACAAUUAGUUAAGCAAAAUUGGAAUGAUUUAUUGGUGAAUUGAUUGUAACUUGUUUGUUUUGUUGGUGGUGGUUACUGGUUGGUAACUGAAGAAGAAGAAGAGGAGGACAAAAGUUCAAUCAAUAAACAGAAAAUGAGUGUGAGCAACGGUUCAGUACAUCCUGUUGACGCACCACCGUUGCAAACGGAAGCAGCUAACGUUCCGAGAGUAAGGAUGAAGGAUGUUCAAGGAAUGCCUGGGACGAUUGGUGGAUCCUUCUUACGUUUCGCUCAGUUUGUAUUUGCUGUUGUCUCGCUUUGCGUUAUGGCUACUACCGCUGAUUUUCCUUCCGUCACAGCUUUCUGUUACCUUGUCGCUGCUGCUGGCUUGCAGAGCUUAUGGAGCUUGUCUCUAGGAAUUCUUGAUGUUUAUGCUCUCCUUGUUGGACGGUGCUUGCAAAAUUCUCGGGUUGUGAGCUUAUUUGCUGUCGGUGAUGGGGUCACUUCUACCCUCAUGUUUGCUGCAGCCUGUGCUUCUGCUGGCAUUACUGUACUGAUUGGCAAUGACCUCGGUGUCUGCUCUCAAAAUCACUGCUUAGAGUUCGAGACUGCUACUGCCAUGGCUUUUCUUAGCUGGUUCUGUGCUUUGCCAUCAUUUCUCUUAAACUUUUGGUCACUUGCAUCCAGGUGAAGAAGGGCUCUCAAGGAAAUUACAAACGACGCCAAAAUAUAUCUUGUGAAAGUACUGCCUUUUGUUUUGAUGUUGUAAAAUUUUGUCUAGAUGAUCAUUGUCCCCCAAAAACAUACAAUUGCUGCUGCUGUGUGUAAAUACAGAUUGCGUAAAGCAGGUUAAUUUGGGAAAUUGAGCUGUGCUCUACUCUGUUGCUAGAUAUGAAGGUUUGCACAUAAAUU